AUGCUGCAACUGCGGUCACUCAGCUCCCAAAAGGCCGUACCGCUCGUACAUUUCACCCAGCGGCGUGCAAUGAUGGGUCUAUUCGAGGAGAACGGACCAAAUGGCGCGGGCGACACAAGUGUCGCGGCGUUUGCUCGUUCAAUGGACUACCUGGAGAAGGGCAACACGCGCAUCGACAAGAAAGCGUAUGGUAUUCCCUUUCAUAUAGGCGCGGCGGAAGCCGUAGAUGCGGUGUGUCGUCACCACGGAGUCUCCGUAGAAGUUCAUAAGGCUGAUCGAUAUCUAAUGCCGUUUUGGCUUGCCACAACGGCGGCGAGCGGCAGUUUCCGUGCCGAUGUCCUCCAAAAGGAUCCGGCUUUCCUGACACAGCAGCAGUGCCUUGUGUGGGUGGAGGGGCCGAACUACGAGUUUCACUACCCUUUCGGUGAGCACCAUGUCUUUAAUCAAGUUUCCGCGUCGUACCUUCACCCGCUUUCAAUACUGGAGCGCUGUGUGGCGGGUGUGCACGUUCCCUCAAUGUUGAUAUCUCGCUUUGAAUUACUAAGAGAACUGGAGGCAAUGGAGCAGCCACCUAAAGUUGUGCCUUUCGCGAUGUCAACGGUGACAGCGCUUUCCGUCGUGGACGCCCGCCUGAGCCGUAGCAUGGUCCUUCAUCGUAUCGACCAGGAACUGGUGAAGUUUCAUGGCUCGUUCCUGAAGAGCAACAUCACCCUCACUAGCGUUUAUAAGGAGAGUGUGCGUCUGCGACCCAUCUUCUUGCCAAUGAUGAAGCUUACCGUUACUACAGGAGCUAGCAACACGCCGCUUCCCUCAUUUGUGUGUGGGGCGACAGGGAAAGUAGUUGGACCGGUCCUGCAGGUUACUAAGAGGGCAAAACUGAGCGUGAUGGCGUUUUCUGGUGCUGCUGCGUUGUUGCUCACAGCUCCUGUCAUUGACCCCGGCAUUGCAACUGCGGCCGCGAUCGCCUCGGCGGUGAUGUCACUACAUGUCCGGCGGUAUCUUCUUGUGAUGCGUUUCCUGCGGGAGCAGGCGAGGCAAAUGGCGGAGCUCAAGAUGACGGGCAUGGUGUACUUCGCAUCUGACCAGCAGGGCUACCGCUGGUCGCCAGAAGAUGAGGAGCGCGCAGAAUAUGAGUACCGUGAGGAGCUGCGACAGCGGGCGCGCAAGAAAGAGGCGUUCGAACAGCGGGUGAAGGAAGAGGCAGCACGGGAUGAGGCCCGAAAUGCACGGCACAUCGAUGCCAAAAACAGGCGGCGAACGGACCUGGAAAACGUAGACCCACUUGGGUACUACAAGCUGCUUGGUCUCACUGGAAGGGAGUUCUCUGCAACGGCGAAAGAUAUCGCAAAAGCCUUCCGUGAGGCUGCGCAGCAGCACCAUCCAGAUGUUGCAAAUCCAGGCGACAACAAUGAGACGAAAAACAGGAUGCAGAAAAUCAUCCACGCUUACAAGGUCCUCCGCGAUCCCCGGACAAAGAAGGCGUAUGAUUCGGGCCAGCUGACGGUCAGUGAGGAAGCAUCAGGAUAG